AUGAUGACCGGCGGAAGAGACAGAAACUACUUUGCUGCCCCAGUUUCUGCCACCAUCCCCGGACUCCUCCGCUACCUCCUCCUCGUACUUUUAACUGCCCCAACAGCUGACUGCUUAACGGCCAACUACUCCGUCUACGAGGAGGAGCCGCCCGGCACCGUGAUCGGAAACCUGGCGGCAGAUCUGCAGCUGGAAGUGGCGGGCAGCUUCCGACUGAUGCAAAAGUUCAACGGGUCGCUGGUGGAAGUGGGCGAGACGGACGGGCAGCUGCGGGUCGGGGGCCGCAUCGACCGGGAGCAACUGUGCCCCCAACAAGCGAGAGCAGGAGCGGGAUCCGACCCCGAUGCGGAGCCGCAGCCGCAGCUGGAGCCGUGCUCGCUGCUCUUCGACGUGGUCAACCUGUCCGGAGACAAGUUCGUGCUGAUCCGCGUCGAGGUGCGAGUGCGGGACAUUAACGACCACGCCCCCGACUUCGGGCGACCGGAGGUGCUGCUGGAAAUCAGCGAGAGCUCGGUGUUGGGAACCCGCGUCCCGCUGGAGCCGGCGCUCGACCCCGACCUGGGCGCCAACUCGCUGCUCAAGUACCGGCUGUCGCCGAGCAGCCCCUUCGCGCUGGAGCAGCGGAUCGGCGCCGACGGGCUGCGUUGCCCGGAGCUGGUGCUGGUGGAGCGGCUGGACCGUGAGAGUCAGGCGGAGCUGCUGCUGCAGCUGGAGGCCGAGGACGGCGGCAACAGUAUCCCGGCGAGGAGGACGGCCACGGUGCGGCUCCGGGUGCAGGUGCUCGACUCCAACGACAACAGCCCGGCCUUCGAGCGCAGCGCGGUGGUGCUGGAGCUGCGGGAAGACGCGGCGCCCGGCUCGUUGCUGCUGCAGCUGCGGGCGACCGACCCCGACCUGGGCGCCAACGGCGAGAUCAUCUACAGCCUCAGCCCGCAGCUUCCCGCCGCCGUCCGCCGCCUCUUCCACCUCGACGCGCGCUCCGGCCGCCUCAGCCUGGCCGCGCGCCUGGACCGCGAGCGCGCGCCCGCCCUGGAACUGGAGGUACGCGCGCGCGACCGCGGGCACCCGCCCAGCGCCCCCGCCGUCUGCAGCGUCACCGUGCGCGUGCUCGACGUCAACGACAACGCGCCCGAGAUCGGGGUGGCGCCGCUCGUCCCCGACCCGGUGUCAGUGCCCGUGACCGCGGUUGUCAGUGAGGCGGCGGCGCCCGGCAGCCUGGUGGCGCUCGUCACCGCCACGGACCGCGACGCGGGCGCCAACGGGCGCGUUCACUGCGCGCUCUCGCCGCCCAACGGUCACUUCGAGCUGCGGCGCGCGCACGGCUCCAGCCUCCUGCUGUUGACGGCGGCGCCGCUCGACCGCGAGCACGUGGCCGACUACAACCUGACGCUCGUGGCCGAGGACGGGGGCUCGCCCCCGCGCCGCACCCAGCGCGCGCUCACCGUGCGCGUGUCCGACGUGAACGACAACGCGCCCGCCUUCUCGCGCCGCCUCUACCACGUGUCGCUGGCGGAGAACAACCGUCCCGGCGCCCACAUGACCACCGUGCAGGCCCACGACCCCGACCUGGCCCACAACGGCCGCCUCACCUACCGGCUGCUGGGGCCCGGCGCCGCGCUCGCCUCCAUCCACCCGGCCACCGGCGCCAUCUACGCGCUGCGCUCCUUCGACCGAGAGGCGCUGCCCGAGGCCGAGCUGCUGGUGCGCGUCACCGACGGCGGGUCACCGUCGCUCAGCAGCUCGGCCACCGUCCGCCUGACAGUCACCGACCGCAACGACAACGCGCCCGUCAUCACGCACCCGCUGCCCGGCAACGCCAACGUUAACGGCAACGCCUCCGCCUGCGUCAUCACGCUGCGCCCCGCCACGCCGGCGCCGGACAUGGCCACGCGCAUGCGCGCCCGUGAUGCCGACCAGGGGGUGAACGCGGAGCUGAGUUUCCGGCUGCUGAGCGGCGCCCGGGCCGGGGACGGGGACGGGCUCUUCAGCAUCGAGCGCCGCAGCGGGGACGUGCGGCUCGGCCGACCCCCCACACCCGAGCCCGGGGAUGGCAACGGGGCCUGGCGGCUCGUCGUGGCCGUCAGUGACAACGGACAACCCGCCCUGUCCGCCACCGCCACGCUGCACUUUGUGCUGGAGGCCGAGGAGGAGGCGGCCGGUCCCGGGCGGCGGCGGCGGCUCUUCCCGGGACAGCGGGGCUGGGACACGUCGCUGGUGGUGAUCGUGGUGCUGGCGGGCGGGUGCGCCGCCCUCAUCGUGGCCAUUCUCAUCAUCGCCACCGCCUGCGGCAGGUCCGGCAAAGCGGCAGAGUGGGGAGCGGAGGUGCGGCCGCCGGAGGACGGGCUGGAGACGAGGAUGGACAGUCCCGGGGAUGGUCGCUGCGACGGUGCAGAGCUGCCCGCUGGCGGAGUGAAGCUGUACCCGGCCCUGGGCGACCGGAGAGCAUCGGAACCUCAGCAUUUCGUCUCCACCUCUGGGUUUAGUCAAACACUUCACCCAUUCACGAUCUGGCAAGGCAAACAAUUCACUUUAAGUAAAAGCGAACUGGCAAGCCAAACUCGGGAGAUAUUCAGCGGAAAAGACAGUGGGAAAGGAGACAGUGAUUUUAACGACAGUGACUCUGAUAUCAGCGGUAUUGGACUCAGUAAGCGGAAUGCUCUUAAUCCGAAGCAAAAUGGUUUAUGGACCUGCACAAGUGAAUGCAAGAUCCUUGGCCACUCGGAUCGUUGUUGGAGCCCAUCUUCUCAAGGGUCAAAGACUUAUUCAUCCACGGGCAUCGCUGAACAUCUUAAUACAUUUGGGAAAAGCAUUUCACUUCCACGUGAACUCCUCCGGAAAGACACUUACUACCAAGCACUUUUACCAAAAACUGCAGGCCUGCAGAGUGUAUAUCAAAAGGUUGCAUGUAAUGAAUCUGAAACUGGAACUUCUCCUAUUGUACCAAUAUAUAAUUCUGUGGGACCAAUCAGUCACAAACAUUGAUCAAUGUAGCUAGUGUCAUCUCAGCUCUGAACACGUUCCACAAAAUGUUUAAGUUAUUGAAUUGAUGCAAUAUGUUCAUAGUGUAUAUCUGAACAUUAUUUUUAUAUUAUAUGUAAAAACAAAUUGAUUCCUCAUGAACUGUGUAUAGAUAAAGACAAAACGGGAAAAAAUAUACUUUUUUGAUGUAAAGUUGCAUUAUUUUCUGAAUAAGAUGGAAGAUAAAGUUACUGGAAUUCCUGCAGACCCCAGAAUUCUGAGCUGUUAAUUCAGGGACUCUGUUUUGAAUCCCUCGUGUCAGCAGGAGAAUUAAAAUCAAUCUGGAACUAAAGGCUAAUUUUAGUAAAGGUAAUCGACAAAUUACUGGAUCAUUAUUGUUCGUGAAACCCAUCUGUUUCAGUAAUGAUAUUUGGAGAAGGAAAUUUGCAGUUCCUACCAAUGUUGCUCAUAUGGUACUCAUGACUAUAUUGAACUCUUAACUGCCUCUGGGGGCAAUUGGGGAUGGAUAAUAAAUGCUGGUAACAAUCCAUAAAUCUAAAGGAUAAAUUAAUGGAAAUUCGUGAUGCUUUGAUUUAUUGUACACUUUGUAUUUUUAGUGCAACAUUAACUGAUUUGUAAAUAAAUAUAUAAAUGCUAAUAAAAUCCAGGUGCUGUUUUCCUA